GUACGCAGUUCUAUUAAAAUCAACAUGGACGGCAUGUUACUUUGCCUGCUGCUGAGCAUUACAGCCACACUUGCAUUGAAACGCCAGGCAAUAGACAAUUUAGAAGUUCCAUCAUUUGCUGCUGGAAAACUUGUUGCCCAUGUUAUCUUUCGAAACCUAACCGAUGCAUCCGGGCUAGCACCCAGCCGAACAUUCAAAAAUGUCCUAUAUACCCAUAACGAUGGAGCAGGAGGUCCAUACAUUUAUGCAAUAAAUGCAACAUCCGGGGCUCUGAUCUCUACCUUAAAGAUUGCUAAUGCAACCAACCAUGAUUGGGAGGACAUUGCUGUUGGUCCGUGUGGAGAUUCUAGCUGUAUUUACAUCGCUGAUUCUGGAGAGAGACAUUCUUCCUCGGCCAACACAAUCUACAGAGUCCUAGAACCAGACGUCAUUAACAUGGAUCAAGUUCUACCUCUCGAUUCCACCGCUCGAUACACAUGGUCAGAGGACGAAUCACAAACGCUAAUGGUGGAUCCACAAGGAGAGGUGUACCUCGUAGGUGUAAUAUACAGCGGACGUGGAAUGAUCUCCCAUCUUCCAAGCAGCGCCUGGGGAAACCCUAACCCAGUCAACAUCGAGUCGACCCAGUUUCUUCCCAUUCAUACCCACCACCAUGACCCAGUCUCAGGCGAUAUUUCUAUGGAUGGUAGCGAACUCCUUAUCAAAUCAAAAUCCAACAUCUUUUACUGGAAGAUUGAUGGUGGUGACGUCAUGAAGUCACUAACUAAACAACCUGUUGAAGUUCCAUACCAUAACGUAGGACUUGGCGAGGCUAUUUGUUGGAGUGCUGACGGUCAGAAUUACUACACACUACCCGAGGGGCAUAACCCGGCACUUUACAUAUAUUCCCGGAUUAAUGCUGGGAAUCCAGGCAUAGUUGGAAAAUAAAAUACGUCA